GAAAAUAUAUAUAUUUAUUUUGGUUUUACGCAAUCGUUUGAUAUCAAUCAAUGAAAACAUUUUUGUUAUUUAGUUUUUAUCAAGAAAAGUCGCACAAUAAUUAAAAUUACAAUUUAAUUCACAUAAACUGAUUGAAAAAUCUCGUCCCGGCGGCGUACAAAAUGCCUAAAUAUGGAAGCUUUGGACCUCUAAUUGGUGUAAUCUACGUUAAUAACACGCAUUGUCGGUUUUUGGUCUAUUCUGCAAAGAAUGCUGAAGUUUUGACAUUUCAUGAAUUGAAAUUAAAGCAAAUCGUUCAUAAUGCCGGUUGGAUGGAAUAUGACCCGACAGAGAUAUGGAAACAUACCCUAGAGUGCAUAGAAGUAGCUUAUAAAAAUUUGGUUAUACUAGAGAUAAGCCCCUAUGACAUCAUAGCUGUAGGUAUUUGUAGCGUGCGCGGUACUACAGUGAUAUGGGAUAGCACAACUGGAGCUAGUUUAUAUAAUGCUAUUGGUUGGACUGAUUGCCGUUGUACUUCACAACUCAAGACAAUACUCAAUAAUGUUAAAUAUAAUGUUAAUUAUUUACGACCGCGUUCCGGUUUGCCCUUAAGCACUUGCUUUAGUGCCUUGAAGAUCAAAUGGCUAAUGGACAAUGUAACGUCUGUACCAGAUCAUAUAACCAAACGAACAUUGUGUUGCGGUACUUUAGAUUCAUGGUUGUUGUGGAAUUUAACUGGAGCCGAAUCUUGCGGUGUUCAUGCCACAGAUGUCACCAAUGCUCAAUACACUGGAUUAAUGAAUAUACGCACUUUGCAAUGGGAUAAAAGACUGUGUGAAUUUUAUCGCAUACCUUUGAGUAUAUUACCACGAAUACAUUCUAAUUCUGAAGUUUUUGGUUAUGUUAUUGGUGGUCCCUUAGACGGCAUUCCAAUAGCUGGUAGCAUAGGUGAUCAACCGGCAUCUUUGUUAGGCCAAUUAUCCGUAAAGGUUGGUCAGAAUGUGUGUUCGAUUGACGAUAGUUGCUUUGUUUUAUUGAAUACUGGCGAAGAAUUGAUUGAAUCUCAGAAUGGCUUAAUAUCUGCGAUCGCGUACAAAUUAGGUGCUCAAGCGAAACCUUGUUAUGCUUUAGAGGGAGCGAUUAGUAAUGCCGGAGCCACUGUUAAAUGGUUGAAAGAAGAAUUGCGAAUAAAUCCCGAAAUUAAUUCUAACGAUAACGUUGUCGAAGUAUUGAAUACAUUUUUAGGCGAAAGUUCUAUGAUAUCUUCUUCCUGUUCGUCCAGUAUGUUAAAUGCUGAAUGCGGCCUGGCUGCCAAAAGGUCUGAAAUUACUUUUGUACCUGCUUUUCACGGUUUAUAUUCGCCAUACUGGCGUUACGACGCCCGUGGAACUUUAUUAGGUUUAACAAGUCAAACGACUGCUCAGAAUGUUACUCAAGCGGCUUUCGAGGCUACCGGUUUCCAAAUACACGAAAUACUGCAGGCUUUCAAACGUGACGCUGUUACUUGGGAUUGGAAAAAUAUUAAAGAACGUUUGCUUUUCGGCGGUGAAUACGCGGAAAACAAUAGCUUUAUACAAUUCAUUGCUGAUAUUGUUGGUUUCAUAUUGGAACGACCACAGACUACUUCACCAGCCGGCUUAGGAACAAUGAUUGCGGCGGGUAUAACCAUGAAGGUCGUAGAUCUUAAGUACGCAGAAUUAGCUUACAUGCCGCCCUCAGACGCUUUUAGUCCCACAACUACGCAAAAUAGACGUAAUUUAUUGUACAAGCGUUGGGAAUAUGCUGUACGCAAAUGUCUUAAUUGGAAUAACUACGCAACUUAUGAGACCGAUUUAGCUUUAUUUGCACAACGCGAACGUGAUCCUAAUUUAUCUAUACGUCGCUCCUUGCCGGGUGGCAUAUUUCUAACAACAACAUUUGUUUUCUUAAUUGUAGCAAAAUUUUUGAAAAACAAAUAUAUAACGUAAAUUUGAUCUUUCGGUAAUGAAGUUUCCAUAAUCCAUUUUUAGGCAUUUUUUUUUUUUUAGGUUACUGCUAAUAAUUAAAUUGCAUUUUUAUGAUUUAAAUUUUGUACGUACAAAGUGUGUUAAAUGAAUAUCCUUUUUAUAGUUGUAAGUAUGUUAAGUUAUAAAGAGAAGGUCUAGUCAUUCGUAAUUGUUUUUUCCUUUUUUUUAAUUAGCGAUAGGAUGAUAGCUUAAGUUUUAAAUUUCUUUAUUAAAUUACA